AUGUUACUGGGAUGGCUUCAUGAAAAGAUUUUCCCAGAUAAUUAUUCCAAUGUUCCAGUACAAGCUGAAGUAGUUGAAAUUGCAUUAAAACAUUUGGAUCAUAAAGCUGAACAUUUUUGGAAUAUUGGAGAAUGCAAAGCAAAAAAUAUAGAGGACUAG